GGGCCCAGAGAGGCCGGGGCAUAGGGGUCAGGGUCUGCGGGUCUUGUCCUGCUCUGUGGCACAGCAUAUAAGGUCUGGGGCUGUAGGGGCUGUUGCCCUUAGAGUGUGUCCUGCCGUGCAUUGGAGCUUAUAGGGUAUGGGGCUAUAGGGGUCGGGGUCUGUACAGCCUCUUCUGGCCCGUGGCAGAACCCACGGGGGCCAGAGUCAUAGGGGCUGUUGUCCUUGGAACGUGUCCUGCCCUAUGAUGGGGUGUUAUAGGUUCUGAGUCCAGAGUUACUGGGGUCCGUGCAGCAUGUCCUGCCCCAUGACAGAACCCAAUGGGGCUGGGGGCUGUGAAUCCCGUCCUGCUCCAUGGUAGAGAAUAUAGGGCUGGGUUCAUAGGGCUGCUGCCCUUGGAGCUUGUCCUGCCCCAUGGCAGAGCCCAUAGGGCUGCGCCUGCUGGUGUUGUCCUUUCUGGGUGUGCUGUGCCCUGUGGCACUGCCUAUAGGGCUGGGCUGCAGGGCUGCCCUUCCUGGGCCAUGCCCUUCCCCACGGCAGAGCUUAUAGGGAUGGAGCCCUGCAGCAGGUCACGCUGGGGCUGCAUAGGGGUUGCUUGACACUACAGUCCCCAUAGGGUUCCCUUACAGAUCCCAUAGUGGCUGACUCUGCUGGGAGAUGCUCUGCCCCACAGAACUCCCCAAAAGUCCUUGUUCUGGAGUGCGAUGUGCUCCACAGCGCAUCCUGUAGGAUGCCCCCCAGUAAAGGUUCUGCUCUGCUUUGGGUCUUCCUCCUCCAUCUGUAGGAUCCCUCAGGGACCCCCUUAUAGCCCCCUCCCUGCCCCUGUAGGUACUCUGCCCCUUUCAUAGGAGAUCUGCAUUUCCUUACAGACUCUUUGGGUCCCCAUGAACCUCUCUACAGGCGGUGCCGUCCCCCUCCCACAGAGCCCCACUGUGAUGUUCCGACAGGCACUGCUCUGUAGGGCCCCAGAGCCCCACAGAUCCCAUUCCUGUCCCUUUCAGGGCUGCUCUGCUCGUAAAUUCCAUGCGGCCUUUGUGGCUCCGUCCUUAUCUCUGCUGAUAAGAGCCAUGUCCCAGCCCUGCUCCUCCCACCCCAAGCACUUCUGGGACUGUGGGUCCGUUCCCUCCAGACCUUGUUAGGACCGAGAUAAUUGUUUUGGAGCUGCCCAAGGCUGAGCCCCAUCCUGCCUCAUCCCACAGUUGUUCCAGGACCUCGCGGCGUCACUGCGGCCGACCCUUCCCGGCUGCGGGCGGCGUAACGCGGCACCUCCUGCAUCUUUAAUGCUGCCCUACUUCGCCCGGCACUCAGCUUCGGUGGGAGAGAAAUGCCAAACGUGUGUGUGGUGGGAUGCAAUAGCCUGCCCUGAUCCGCCCCAGUGCUGCUGGUGCCCAUGGAGCCCUAAAUACUGCUUGGCGCUGCCUCCAUCCCUGCAGUGCGGGGCAGGGCUGCCCAGCUCAGCUGUCCCCGGGGUGACCCGUCCCUGUGCUCCGUGCCCGUUGUUCCAACCCUUUGUUCGGAGCGUGCGGAUUGCUCUGGGCUGGGUUUGCUCCCCACCACCCUGACCAGUCAGGCUGGUUUGGAGUGCGGCUUCCAGCUUGGAUCCCAUAGAUAAGGAUCCCAUAGAUAACGAUUCCAUAGAUAGCGGGGCUUCCAGCUUGGAUCCCAUAGAUAAGGAUCCUGAUCCCUUAGACAUGAUCCCAUUUAAAGUGCUGCUUCCAGGCCCGAUCCCAUAGAUAACAAUCCCACAGAAAGCACAGCUUCCAACUUGGAUCCCAUAGAUAAGGGAUCAAUGCCAUAGACAAUGUGAUUUCCAGCUUAGAUCCCAUAGAUAAUGAUCCUACAGACAGCACGUUUUCCAGCCCUGCUCCUGUAGGCAGUAAUCCCAUUCAGAACGUGGCUUCCAGCCCUGACUCCAUAGAUGUCUAUCCCAUAGUACCUCCUUUUCUUGCAGUGAUCCCAUAGAGCGUGUGCCUUUUAGUCCCAACCCCAUAGACAUAGAUCUGACCUCUAGGGUUGGCCAUUGGGUUGGCUGUUGGGGUGGCUGUUGGGUUUGGCCACUUCUGUGGACCACGGCGUUGACCACUGGGAUUGGCCAUUGGGGUUGGCCGCACGUGUGGACUGUUGGGGUUUGUCGUGGAGCACUGGGUUGUGACCCACUGGCAGCCAUUCAUUCCAGGACGGCUUUCCUCAACAACUGUUGGGUUUUAGGGCUGCGUGCCCGCCGCAGCGGGGCAGGGAGUGGGACGGGGCCAUCGGUGCCCGGUUGAUGAUUAACCUGAGGUGACGUCCCUGGGGUGUGGGGCGGACGCAGCCCCGUGACGCGCUCCUGGUUUCGGGUUUCGGAUCCUUGCACAGCCCUGGUGUCGGUCUGGUUGCGGGCAGGGCGCUGCCAGCACGCAGAACCGUGCAGACUUUGUACCUAUUGAGCAAUCGGUGCUGCAGGUGGAGCAGAGCCUGUGGUGCAGAGAGCCUGAAGCGCAGGAAACGGGCGGAAAAAGCGAGAUUUUUGUGCUCGGAUCCCGCUGUCCCCGUUCCCGUGCCUCGGGCUGGGACGUGCGGUGCCGAUGGCUUUCCCCUCCCCUCCCGGCGCUGCCCGCCCGUUGCACAACAGCUCUGUGGGCUGCGGUGCCCACAAAGGGCCCUUUGUGCUCCAUAUCUGCAUGAGCAGAGUUGGCCGCCUGCCACACGCGGCCGCAGGGACCCAACGGGCAGAGCUGGGUGCCGUCAGGCUCUGUGGGCAAAGUGCCCCCAGGGACAACAAAUGGGGUCCCCCUUUUCGUCACCCUCGUUUGCACUGCGAUCCCCUCCUGGGGGCUGUGUGCUGCUGUGGGAUCAGCGCUGCGUUCCCGUGUUGGAAUGCAGUCUGUUCCCCUUUAUCUGAGUGCUGGAGCCCAGCCAGGACGGGGCAUUCCCGGGGAUUAGUGCUCACCUGCUCCUGGCUCAAGCUGUGGGGCUGGACCCACUGCGUACCCAUGGAGGAAAAGAAUCCAUCCUUACUGCUGCACCCAUAGGGUGGCAAUGGGGUGGCCAUGGGGAUAGCAUGACUGUGGGGGACCCAUAGGAUUGGCCACAGGGAAAUGGUGCUGUGGUUGACCAUAGGGACACAGUGUUCAUGGGAAAACCAUGACUGUGGGGUGGCCAUAACUUGACCAUAGGGUGACUGCAGGGUGACCAUGAGGACAUUUGGGAUCUGGUGCCAAUCUCGUUCCUGUGAUGCCAUAUGGGGACAACAAGCUCAUGGCAGUGGCCCACAUCCCCAUGGCUGCCCUGCUGGGUGCCAGGUGCUGCCACCUCCACCGUCUGCUCAGUGCUGGUUCCCUGCUGCGGCUGAGCUUGGCACCGACCCUCUGCCAUGUGUUGGGUUCAGCAAAACCUCAGCGCUGGCACCGUGGGGUCCCUGUGGCCAUUUGUCCUCUGCAGUGUGCCCGGAGCUGAGGCUUUGGGGUGGGCACGGGGAUGGAUGUGGGGGCUGCACUGGGGUGACAUCGGGACCGAAAGCUGGAAACGUGAGAUUUUGGUGCCGUUCUCCCUUUCUCCCUACGUGCGGGACGUGGUGACCCCGGCUCUGUGCCACCAUCCCAUGGCCGUGUGCUGAGCGUGCGGUGCCUGCGGUGCCGCUCGCAGUGCAGUUAUUUUGGGCAGCGCACAGAGCUGCCGGCCCCGGAGGCAGCGGUGGAGGAGCACAGCGCUGUGGGGCCGGGGCUGCCCGGGGCUCUGCUGUCGCUCUGCAUCAGUCCUGCCAGAGCUCCCGGCGCUGUGGUGUCUGCGGUUCGGCGGUGACGGAGGUCGAGUGGAGGAUGUUGGUGAGUGCCGGGUGUCAGCACUGCACUGGGCUGUGGGGUCGGUCCGGUCCUGUGGGAUCAGAGCUGCGUGGGGCUGUGGUGCUGUGUGGGGCUGGCGGCCCACCGGUGCUUUCUGUGAGUGUUUCACUGUUGGCUCGAUCUGAGGAAAGGGCUCUGUCUGUGCUGUAAUCACAGUGGGAUCGGGGGCUGUGCUGUGCGUGGGAGCAGUGCCACCAGGUCCACAGCAGAUGGGGUCGCAUCCCCGCAUCUGCACUGCAGGGCCAUGUCUGUCUAAUGGGGCAGCAUCAACCCCAUGGGUCUACAUCUGCCUUGUGGGACCGUGUGCGCUCUGUGAUGCAGUCUCCCUGCUGUGAGUCUGUGUGCACCCUAUGGGGCCAUGCCUGUCCCUGUGAGGCUGCAUUCCCACUAUGGGGCCACAUUUGUCCUAUGGGGCCAUGUCAGCCAUACGGAGCCGCAUCCCCCCAGCACUGGGGAGUGCAGACUGUGGGUCCCACUGUGACUCUGCCCUCUCCCCAGAACAGCAGCACCGCACCCGGCAUGGAGCGCACGGCGGAGAAGCAGAGCCCGGUGGAUUAUGGUGUCCAGAUCCGCUUCAUCAAUGACCUCCAGGAGCCCAAGAAGGCCCCGAAGGCGCGCGCCAAGCCGGGCUCCUACGGGGUGGCUGUGCGCGUGCAGGGCAUCGCGGGGCAGCCCUUCGUCGUCCUCAACAGCGGUGAUAAGGGUGGAGAUUCCUUCGGGGUGCAGAUCAAAAGCGACGGCUCCUACCCUGCAGGGACCACCAGCCCUCGGCCCCCAGAACUGCCCCCUGAGCCGGACCUCCCUGAGAACCCCUAUGUGCGCCCACAGCCUUCCCACAGCGUGUCGGAUGAAGAGAACGGUGCUGCCCCGGUGCCCACCCGGCACAAACCCCGUAGCAAGAUGGGGGCCGAGCUGCGCCGGACGCAGUCCCAUAGCAAUCUGCUGGCUGCUGCCGAUGAGCCCAUGGCCACCGGCUCCAGGAGCAGCAGCACGCUGAGCAUUGCCCACCCCACACACCGCAAAGGCUCUGGGAUUGGGGUCGCGCCCUCCUCAGACUCGGAGAGCCCAGGGUCGCGGCACGCAGGUGGUGACAUCGACACCGAGCCGCUCUCCUCGGUGAAUUCGCUCAUCAGUAAAUUUGAUGGCAAAGUGCCGCAGCGCGGCCGUGCGGCGCGGCGAUCCCGUGUGGCCCCGGAGGAGAGGAAGCGCUCGCAGAGCCUGGACGCCCGCAGCUCCGUUCCUGAUGGCCGCACUGUGGGCGCCCCGUCCCCGUUGCCCACCGGGGCAGGCAGAGGUGGAACGGUGAAUCGUGGCACUGAGGAGCGGCCGCAGAGCAAAGCCCAGACAGAGCUGCAGCUGAAGUCAACGCCGGAUCUGCUGCGGGACCAGCAGGAGGUGGCCCAGCCCAGCAGCAGUGAGGACCCCAAAGAGCUCAUCUAUGGGAUCCUGAAGGAGGGGAGCAGGGACAGCGGCACAAUGCUGAAGAGGAAGGCUGCACUGGUGCUGGAGAAGCUGCAGGAGGCGGCGGCACCCACCAAGGGGAAGGCGUGCUCCCAGCCCCAGCACCACGCGUUGGCCCAGAGGGUGGAGGAGCUGCAGGAAAGGUUGGACGAGGAGAGCAAGCUCCGCCAAAAGCUGGAGCUGACCAAGGAGCGUAGCACCACGCGGGCGCUGGAGGAGGCACAGGAGGAGAGUGCACGGCUGCGGGCAGCGCUGGAGAAGAGAAUGCAGGAGCUGCAGAGGAGCACCAAGGAGCUCGGGGAGGCAAAGGCAGCACAGACGCGAGCAGAGGAGCAGCUGAAAGCAGUGCGCACGGAUAUGGGCACGGCGGUGGACGCAGACGCUCUGUACAAGGAGCUGGACGAGGCCCGUGAGGAGCUGGAAGAGGCCCUGAGCUCCCGGCAGCGGUUGGAGGAGCAUCUGCGGCAGCGGGAACGGGAGCUGACGGCGCUGAAAGGGGCUCUGAAGGAAGAGGUGGCCAACCACGACCGCGAGCUGGAGCGCGUGCGGCUGCAGUGCCACAGCGACAUGGAGCAGCUCCGGCGCAGCGUGGAGGACAUCUCGCAGAAUCGGGCCGACCUGGAGUCGGAGAAGCAGAAAAUCGGUGUGGUGGUGCGAAACCUCCAGCGUGAACUGGAGGAGAGUGCCGAGGAGACGGGGCACUGGAGGGAGAUGUUCCAGCGGAACAAGGAUGAGCUGCGUGCUGCCAAGCAGGAACUGCUGCAGGUGAAGAUGGAGCGGGAGGAGUUCGAGGAGGAGCUGCGGGAGCUGCGUGAGCGCUUCACGGCCACGCGGGAGGAGGUGGAGAGGGCGCGGAGCAGCGCAGUUGACCCCGGAGAGGUGGAAGCGCUGCGCACGGAGCUGCGCCGGGUGCGGGAGGCACAGCGGGAGCUGGCGGAGGAGAAGAAGCAGCAGGAGGAGGUGGUGAGGCAGCGGGAAAAGGAGCUGCAGGCGCUGCGCAGCACUGUGCGGGAUGAGGCCCAGAGCCACAGCGGAGCCAUGGAGCAGUGCCACCGUGACAUGGAACGGCUGCGGGAGGAGAGGGACGAGGCUGUGAGGGCGAAAGUUUCCCUGGAGGGUGAGAGGGAGGCAGCGGAGGCGGCACUACGGAAGCUGCAGGAGCAGCACGAGGAGCUGCAGAGGAAGGUGCAGGGCAUGGAGACGCAGCUGAAGGACUAUGAGCGCAUGGGGGAAAACUGGGAGGGCUCCCAGGCACGGCUCCGUGAGAAGGUCACCAAAUUAGAGGCAGAGCGCAGACGCGCAGAAGAGUCGUUGGGCGAAGCUACAGACCGUGAGCAGGAGCUGCUGCGGGCGCAGCGGGCGCUGGAGAUGCGUCUGGAUGAGGCGCAGAGGGGGAUGGCACGGCUGGCACAGGAGCAGCAGGAGCUGAGCGCGUCCCUCCAGGACGAGCAGAGGCAGAAGGAGCAGCUGAAGCGUGCCAAGAGCGAGCUGGAGGAGCAGAAGCGGCUGCUGGACCGCAGCACCGAGAAACUGAACAGAGAGCUGGAGCAGAUGACAGAGGAGUCCAACCGCUCACUGGCUGCACUCAAGGCUCAGCUGGAGGAAUGCAAGGAGAAAUCCCGCAAGGAGAUCACUGAUUCCCAAAAACAAGCCAAGGACUGCGGUGCCGAGAUGGAGAAGAUGCAGUUCAGCGUGGGACGGCUGCAGGACGAGGUCACCAGGCUGAAGCAGGCGCUGCAGGACAGCCAGGCGGAGCGGGACGGCGCGCUGCUGGAGCGGGAUGUGAUGCUGCAGCGCCUGCGUGGCCUCGAGGAGGAGGUGGAUGCCAAGAGGCGCUCCCAGGACGAUCGCUCGCGGCAGCUCAAGGCGCUGGAGGAGAAGUCCAAGCGCCUGGAGGAGGAGCUGGAGGAGGAGCGAAGCACGGCCGAGCUGCUGACCGAGCGCGUCAACCGCAGCCGUGACCAGAUUGACCAGCUGCGUGCUGAGCUGCUGCAGGAGCGCUCGAGCCGCCAGGACCUGGAGUGUGACAAGGUCUCACUGGAGCGCCAGAACAAAGAGCUGAAGAGCCGCCUGGCCAGCUCCGAGGGCAUGCAGAAGGCGGGCGGCUCCAUCUCACAGCUGGAGGCGCGCCUGGAGGAGCUGCAGGACCGGCUGCAGGCCGAGGAGAGGGAGAAGAGCGUCCUCCACUCCUCCAACCGCAAGCUGGAGCGCAAGGUGAAGGAGCUGACCAUCCAGAUCGACGACGAGCGGCAGCACGUCAACGACCAGAAGGACCAGCUGAGCCUGCGUGUGAAGGCGCUGAAGCGGCAGGUGGAUGAAGCCGAGGAGGAGAUCGAGCGGCUGGAGGCUGCCCGCAAGAAGGCGCAGCGUGAGCUGGAGGAGCAGCAGGAGCUCAACGAGCAGCUGCAGGGCCGCAUCAAGGCGCUGGAGAAGGAGGCCUGGCGCAGAGCUGCCCGCGCGGCCGCCGACUCCUCGCUGCAGGACGACGCGCUGAGUUCCGAUGAAGACCUCGAUGGCGCCUAUGGGCCCUCCUCCAUCGCCUCGCUGCUCAACGAGGCCAACCUGCAGACCAGCUCCUGCUGAGCCCCAUGGAACCCCCAGGGCUGUGGGAACUGCUCAGAGACCUCCGCCCCGCUGGCGUCGGCUGUCGGCCCUCUUCUCCUGCGUGGCUUUUUGCCCCUGGGGGACCCAGGGUUGGUGGCUGUGAGGAUGGAGUCUGUGGUCCCCAGGGAAUGCCACCACCCCUCAGCUCCAAUUUAUUUUUAUAUGCAAUCAUCUCCCUCAUUCCUCACCGCUCUUUUCCCUCUCAAAGUGCUGUUUUCAAUAAAAUGGACCAUGCCAACACCA